GCAGUGAGAAGUGCACAUCCUGAAAUACUGUUGAUGUAACGCUGGUCCGUCAGCGCUGGAAAUGGCUGGAUAAAACCAGUUAAUAUCUAGGGAUAUAUCCAUGUCAUCCUGGAACUGAUGGCACACCGAGACUCUUUUCUUCCUUGUAUAACUUCCUCCAGCGACGAGGGCGAGCAUUGUCCGGGGAAGGCGUCGCUAACAGGCCAGUGUUGCUGACACUCCACGGCGGUGAAACGGGGACCCGUUUCCGGCAGCGUUAACGAUCAUGCUGUGAUUGGAUACGUGGCUCAUGUCGCCUGGAUGUCCGCGUUUAGCCUGGGAACUUUUACUGAUACAAAAGGGUUUGCAGUCGGAUUGAGAUGAGAUAACCUGAUGCCUGGAUUGAAACCAUAGCCGGCCAGACAACUGCAGAGGAGAUGAGUCAGUUUUGGUGGCGAGUCAAGCGCCUGUCGGAGAGGUUGGGGAAUGACUCUCCUCCGGGGCCUCCAGCCACUUUGGCCCCACAAGGAUCUAACUCCUCCUGGGUACCUGAAGCCCCAGUGGUCACACCAGAAGAGCCCAGCUUCCUCAUGACCUCCUCUGCCCAGACUAUAUCAGGGUUUUUUGUUUGGACAGCUCUUCUGAUCACAUGUCACCAGAUCUACAUGCACCUGCGUUACUACAGCUCUCCAAAUGAACAGAGACACAUCGUAAGAAUCCUCUUUAUAGUCCCCAUCUACGCAUUCGACUCCUGGCUCAGCCUUCUCUUCUUCACCAACGAGGAGUAUUACGUGUACUUCGACACAGUCAGGGACUGCUAUGAAGCAUUUGUCAUUUACAACUUCCUGAGCCUGUGCUACGAGUAUCUAGGAGGAGAGAGCGCCAUCAUGGCUGAAAUCAGAGGGAAACCUAUUGAGUCAAGCUGCAUGUAUGGGACGUGUUGUCUGUGGGGAAAGACGUACUCCAUCGGCUUCCUCAGGUUUUGCAAACAGGCAACUUUACAGUUCUGUGUGGUGAAACCCCUGAUGGCAGUGAUAACUGUCAUUCUUCAGGCUUUUGGCAAAUACAAAGACGGAGACUUUAAUGUGGCUAGUGGCUACCUGUACGCCACUAUUAUCUACAACGUCUCUGUCAGUCUGUCGCUCUACGCACUCUUCCUCUUCUACUUUGCUACACGUGAACUGCUGGUCCCUUACAACCCCGUGCUGAAGUUCUUCAUGGUCAAGUCAGUUAUCUUCCUCUCCUUCUGGCAGGGGAUGCUGCUGGCCAUCCUGGAGAAAUGUGGAGCUAUUCCUCAGAUCAAUUCUGCUAAAUUCUAUGUGGGUGAAGGUACGGUUGCUGCCGGAUACCAAAACUUCAUCAUCUGCAUAGAGAUGUUCUUUGCUGCCAUCGCUUUGCGACAUGCCUUCACUUACAAGGUCUACAUGGACAAAAGGCUGGACUCGUACGGGUCAUUUCCUAUCUAUGGACAGUACGGUCGCUGUGCGCCAAUGAAGAGCAUCUCCAGCAGCCUGAAGGAGACCAUGAAUCCAGGGGACAUGGUCCAGGAUGCCAUCCAUAAUUUCUCCCCAGCUUAUCAGCAGUAUACCCAGCAGUCCACGCUGGAGCGAGGUGGGGGUCCGGCCCUCUCCCGCAGCCACAGUAACCUCAGCACCCGCGGAGACAAUGAAAAAACCCUUCUGCUGAGCUCCGACGACGAGUUCUGAGACUGAAACUACAACCUGAAGAUCACUUUAAGCCUGUAGUCCAGACUGAAUUUUUAGUAACCCUCCCAGACAAAUACAAUCUUUUAUUUAAGCCGUAGUGUAAAAGGUGAAAAUAGUUUUAAUUUUAGAAAACAACUAAGGCUCAUUUGUGAAAUGGUUUCUCCAGGCUGCAGCAACAUAAGUGUGAGGAAAUGUUUUCAUGAGUGAACGGGAAAUUAUUUCUGCAGCAGGAACACAGUGAGCAUAAAGGGAGUGGAAAUGCCUGUGGUAAGGACCACCAGAUUCAUUACAUGACCAAGCUGUUAUUUGUGUUGAUGUCAUUUUGCAGUUGUGGUUCUGGAGUCAUGCAGACCAAAUUCAUCUGCAAAAUAUGGAUUAGUACAAAUAGUUGAGCUUUCUAGUUAAUAGUGCACUUUAAAGGGUGUGGCAGAAGGGUUGUCGCAUAUAUGCCAGUAAAAAUAAGUGCCAUCUUCAACUGAAACACAUGGCUUCCUUAUUUUUUAGUUUUGUAUUGGUUCCCAGCCCACACACCACCUCCACCUUUUCUUUUUUUAUUUUUUCUACGGAAAUAUUGCCAAAAAAGGGAGCAGAGCCCCAUUUUUUUUUUUUCACUGAAUGUGGCAUCACUUUCUUCAACUUUAGGUUGACUUCAUUGUCAAGGAAAGGUAAGGAACCUCAGAACAGCUGGGAUUCAUUGUGAAUUAGUUUAAUACUAAUAAUUGUUUUAUAUCUUCUGUUGUAUGACCUUUUAAGAUAUAACUCUUCUUAAGACCAGUUUGUUGGAAAGUUGUUCUAGAAGUUCUGAAUAUAUUAUGUAUUUUGUCUUUGUUUUGGGUUUGUUUGAUAAAGUGGUACAAGAGUGUCAUUGUGAGUCCAGCUGUCGGUCUGACUGCUGCAGGAGAUUUUGUUCAGCACUAAAGGAACAGCUGUACAAGAGAUUUUUUUGCGUGGGCAGAGGGAUGAACGGAAGGACGGCAUACACACAGAUUAUAUGUUACUAAAGAAGCAACACUUCCUGCAGAGCCGGCCCAGCUGUGAUAUGUUGUGGACGUAAUCUCAUAAUUAACGGUGCCCUUAACGGCACAGAUCAGGCCUGCCUCUGCUGGUACUGCUUUGUUGUAGCAUCUCUAUUUAAGCAGGCGGGACUGAGACAUGACAUGAGAGGGCCCUGCAGAAUGUUUUGGGGCAGUCUAGGCUUUAUUUCGGACAGGAUUUUUUUUCCCAAAAAAAAAAAAUAUAUAUAUAUAUAUACUAUAUUCACAUAGAUAAAUUGAGUUUAAAUAUGGGCAUUAAAAAGUUGCAAGAUAUGUACAGAAAUCUACUAAAGCAAGAGACUUGUGGAGGGACAGCAGAAUAAGUUGUCCAGACUUCUGCUUGUUUGAUCUUUUUCUUAAAGGUGAUGAUUCAUAUCCAUUUUCACAGUGGCCAGUACAUACCGGGCUUUUUUUGUGAUUUAAAUAUUUAUUAGCACAGCAUAAAAUCUGUGGCUCCUAACAGGUAACAUUCAGCCCAUUGCGUGCAGAAUCUAAACAAGUUUUACAGGUCGACUCAAAUUGCUGGUAAAAACAGCAACGUUCUUCUGAGGAAUGAAUCUAGGGAAGUUGGACAAUUAACAGCCAAAAUGAUGUGUAACUUUUUUAUAAAUAAAAAAGUACAUUUUAUUAGCAGAACAUUCAAAGUAUUUAUUACAUUUGGUUGGUUAGUGAUCCAUUUCAGCCAUCUCCUGCACUGUUAAAAACAACAAAGAAACAAUUUUCAUCUGUGUUUCUGCUGAACCUGCACUGCUUCAAACUCAGGGUUGAGUGCAUUUGUUUUAUGCAGUAAUAAUUAGUCUGAUUAAAAAGUGGGUUUCUCUGACCCAAAUUUAGACCUUGGGCAAUAGCAGAACAGGUUCAAGUAUCUUGAUUUAAAAAAAAGUGGUAGUAGUGGCAUCAAAUGAAGCACUGUAAAGUAUUCAUGGAGAUGACUGUAAUGGUAUUAAACAUUGAAUAUUUUAACUUUAUAUAUGCUACUGAUUUAUUUCGUUGUACACUUUUAAUAUGUAUAUUGGUAAUGUGUUUUGUUUCUAUAUUGAUUUCUGUUGAUGUUGCAAAGAAAAUAAAGAACAAACAAAAAUUAAAUGUGUCACCCAA